AUCUGUCAUGGUCAUGAGCAGACAGUGGGAGGGUGCAGUACCAGAGUUUGUCCAUCAGGUGCGCCACACAUGCGUAUCAAGGAUCAACCGUAAACAUCGACAGUUAGCCUGCAGUUAGCUCACUAACGUUCGUGUUCGAACUACCCUUCAAACUGGCUGUUUGGAUGUUAUAACUGGAUAUACCUUUAUUAAUAAUUAACACACAGGAUGGAUUGCUGAGGCAGUUUACUCCAAAAUAUAUAUUUAUACAGGAAGCAUCAGCCUCACCAUGUCAGCUGACGGGGAGCUCAACACCAGCGCUGCUGACGACAACAAACUGGUCAGACCAAAGGUAGAGUUUCAGACUUUGCUGCAGCUUGCAGGAGCUACUAAAGAUGUGUUCACCAUGAAGGAGGUGAUGUUCUACCUCGGUCAGUACAUCAUUCUGAAGCAGCUGUACGACCAGAAGCAGCAGCACAUCGUCCACUGCUCCCAGGAUGCACUGGGGCAGGUGCUGGGGGUGGACAGCUUCUCUGUUAAAGAGACCAGAGUUCUGUUCGCCAUGAUCACCAAGAACCUGGUGGCUGUGAAGAGCCAGGACUCACAGCAAAGCCUGAGUGACUCUCAGAGUAACAGUCAGACGGACAAAGGGACGGAGGAGGCGGAUUCAGAAAGUCGCUCUUCAUCGCCGGAGAGAAGGAGAAGAAGAAGGAGGAGAAGAAGUCACAGGAGCGGUGAUCCCGGCCCCUCCCACAGUGUGGAGUGUGAAGCUGAGGAAGACUCAGAGGAGGACGAGGAAGAGGAGGAAGGAGGCAGGAAGAGGAGGAGGUCUGACAGCUACUCCCUGACCUUUGAUGAGAGUCUGUCCUGGUGUGUGAUUGGAGGACUGGGGAGCGUGAGGGACCGACACAGCAGCCAAUCAUCGGACACGCACAGCUCGUCUGUGCGGUCCGACAUCGGGGUCGCAGCCUCAGACUCGGACAGCGAUAACUUCAGCGUGGAGUUCGAGGUGGAGUCCGUCGACUCCGACGACUACAAUGAGGAUGAUGCGUCUCUGUCGGCCGACGACCAGGUCUACGAGGUCACCAUCUUUGAGGAAGGGGAGGAAGAUUCCUUCGAUGAAGACACCGAGAUCACUGAAGCUGAUUACUGGAAGUGUACGGAGUGUGGGGAGCUCAACCCUCCUCUGCCCAGACACUGUCUGCGCUGCUGGACGCUACAACGAGACUGGCUGCCCAAGGACACCUUAAAGUCCGACUGCCCCAGUCCUAAAGCCCUCCCCCCGAAGCCAACCAGCCAAUCAGAAGCCAAAGAAGCACCAGGUUCGGAUGCUGAAGACAACGAAGGAGUCGACGUCCCUGAUGGGAAAAGAGCGAAGACUCCCACCCUGUCCCAAUGCCUCUCUGACUCCGCCUCCUCCGCCCCAAACUCCCAGGACGUCCUCUCCUCCUCCCAGCCUUCCUCCUCCUCCUUCUCCUCCACCCAGCAGAAGCUCUGGACUUCAGACUCCCAGCCCUCUUCCUCCAUCGACUCCCAGGAGCUCCUCCCCUUAUCUCCUCCCGCUCUCCCUCCACCUCAACCUCCACCGCCCGCCGUCCCUGAUCUGGAGCGCAGCGUUUCGGCAGAGUGGCGUCUCCCGGACUCGUGCCUGGACCCGUGUCUCAUCUGUCAGUCUCGGCCGAAGAACGGCUGCAUCGUGCACGGGCGGACCGGACACCUCAUGUCCUGCUACGUCUGCGCCAGGAAGCUGAAGAAGAGGAACAAGCUGUGUCCGGUCUGCAGGCUGCCCAUCCAGUCCGUCAUCCUCACCUACAUCAGCUGAGAGUCGCUGCGUGACCUCUCCUCACCUACCUCGGCUGAGACGCCAGUCUGCCCUCGUCCUUCAUCUCUCUCUCAUCCAUGUGUGACGAGGGUCUCCUCCAUUCAAACACGUAGCUCGUCUCUGCUCAGACUCCAGUUCACAGAAUCACAUCUAAUGACAGGCACAUACAGAAACUUCUCUGGACUCUUGGUGUGUUGGCAUUCAUCUAUUUUUAUCUGAAGCUGACUGAGAGACCAAAACCAACAUACCUUCAUCUCGCAAGACUUCCAGACUUCCUUAUCCCCUCAUCUGAUCCUAAGAACAGAAAUUAACCCUUCGUAGGAGACUAAAGCGCCUUCAAAUGUUCUAAAAGCUUUCAGAGAUCUGCAACAAUCAACAAAUUUAAUCCUUGUUUCUCAUUUAUCUAAAAAAGCUUUGUGUAAGAGCUCAACGUGACGCAAUAUAUCAGACAUACGACAGAACAGCGUCCACAGAUCCCCGCCGCUCAGAGGAAGAGGAGGUGGUCCCGGGACUGUUUUGGGUUUUGGGUUUUUUCGUGAGCGUGUGUUUCAACAUUAGACAAAUCUUUAAAACGACACUUAACUUAGCGUGAUCGAAUUACUCUCACUCUCUUCAUCUGUUCUUUUCUUUCACAGCUAAACUAACUUGCACUGAAAGGAGCGAUCUGAAGAACAGCAGUUUGAUUUCUUUCUUUCUUAAUUUGGGUGAAAAAUGUCGGAUUGUUCCUUUAAGCCCUCUCACAUCACUGGGUAACGCUCGUGUCGGUAACGUUCUAUUUUAUGGGUCUAAUUAUUAAAUGUCAGAAAGAAUUUAAGAGUCAUUAAAGGAAAAACAUAAAUAUCUUUGAAUGUUUAAAAGUUAUAGAAACAUGAGUCACUACAGAGAGAAGUUUAAAUUAUAAUUUUAAUAAAUCAUAUCCAUAUAAAGUGUUUUCCUUUAAAGACAAACAAAUAAACCAAAAACUUUCUUUCUUCCUUUUUGUAAAUAACAGAUUAUUUAAAGAUGAUGACCCAUAAAAUAAAGCUUUACCUUUAUUUAUUUAUAGGUCUGCUAUUUCCUCAUCCCUCCAUCUUGGAAACGUGCAAUCAGAGUUAUUAUUAUUAUCGUGAGAACAGAAGUUUACCUCUAAAGGAGAAUGAAAUGGAUUAAUUUAUUAUUGAACACUUUCACACAAAUUGUAAAAACGUUCCAGGAAACUGAGAAGAAGAAUUGAAGAGUGUAAAAAGGAAAAGCGGCCGAUAAAGUUCAGUGUUACUCGAUGUCUUUAUGGAAGUAUUUAUUACAUUUAUUUAAGAUGCUCCUGUUUAUUUAACAGACUUUUUUGUGAGCUCUUUGAAUGAUUUAUGAAUAUUUGAGACCUCUAAUUUCUAAUGUUUAUGUUGAACUUUCUUUUUCUGUGAAUUGAUUAAAACUCAUCUUGUGUUAA